GCGGUGAUGAGGGAUAUAGAAAAGGGAGACAGGUCGCAGUUCUCGAGGGUAUAUCACUAAGUUGUUCCGGGGAAUUAAUAUUGCCCAUUACCAAUUGCUGAGCAAAUAAUAUGUCAGCGAUUUUAUAAGGGUUGCAAACCUAUCAGUUUUAAUCGACCGGCAUAAGGAGGCAAGUUGGAUGUACCAUCCCAAAUGGCAAAUCAAACGAAACGUCUUUGAACAUUUUCAAGUCUGAGUGAAUAGUUCUCAUAAAAGGGAGACCAAACUUGGCAGGCAUAUUCAAGAUGAGGACGGACUAGGGAAAUGUAAAGCGCUUUAGUUACAUAAGGGUUGGAAAAUUCUUUUGACCAUCUCUUAAUAAUACCAAGAUCUCUAAUAAAAUCGACUACGUUGACGGCGUCAUUACGAAAGUUGUAAACUCUAUAAGAUGUGAUUUGUUUGCUCGAAAAGGUCAUUUGUUUACAUUUACUCUAGGAAAUUAUGCUUGCACCAAAUAAAAAAGAUAAUAAGAUCAUUUUGUAAAAGUAAGGAAUCUUAAAAAUGUUCUUAUCAUCCGAAAACAUUAGGAUACCACAUGACUCUUGAGACUUUCUUCUAAGCGUAAUAAAACCAUAUUGAGUCCCAUACGAAACGAUAUCGUCAGUUAUAGAGUUUGUAGAUAUAGGGUCCAGAGAUUUGAUAGCGUCCUAACUAUUUGAGAAAUCACGGAUAUCAGAUUUUGAUAUCUUAUUUAAGACUUCUUUUAUCGCCAAAAGUUUCACCUGGAACUAUAAUGUGGCAUCACUCCUAAGAGUUGUUUUUUAAGAACACAGAGGUUUUUUUAUUUUUAUUUGGGAGAGUUUUUACCUUUUACGGAAUUUACCUUUAAAAUUAUUAAUGUAUAUGCUACUUUACACACCCUCAUCAACCUCUCGAUGUCUCAACCUAACUUAUCUACAUACAAAUGUACAUAAUAUUCUCCGUUGGGAUUAAGGAUCUAUUUUUAAAGUUCCUAUAAAUGCUCUAUGAGACUUCUUCUCAACUUUCUUUUUGAGUUUUGAGUGAAAUUUUAAAUUCUAGCUAGUAUAUAAUAAACAAAAUGAUUCUAUUCAUUAGAGUCAGAGUGGAGAGAGAUCUAAUCGAAUGAUACCAAUUAUAAAUUAAAUAUUGUUUGUCCAAUAAUUUUAUUAGUGUUUUGAAUUAUUCUAAAACAAUAACUUAUUUAAAGAAAGUGAAUUAAAAAAUAUACACACUUUUAAAAAAUCUCCAAAGUUAGUUUUUGUUUUCUUCCAUUUUUGUUUAACAUCACAACGCGAUAAAUAGGUGACCAUCGAAUAUCUAUGGAGAAUGGUGAACUCUUUCGUGGAUACUCAGAAGAGUUGUUGACGUUUGCUUCAGUUAUGUGCUUGAUCUUCAUUUUGAUUGGAAUUCCUGGAAAUUUAAUUACAAUUCUAUCACUCUCCAAAUGCAAUAAGGCACGUAACGCUACAGCUAUAUGCAUAAUCAAUCUCUCUUUUUCUGAUUUAUUAUUCUGUUGCUUCAAUCUUCCAUUGGCUGCUUCGACAUUUUUACAGAAGUCCUGGAAUCAUGGCAUAGUGCUCUGCCAACUAUUUCCCUUAAUGCGUUAUGGUCUGUUAGCUGUGUCGUUAUUCACAGUGUUGCUUAUAACUAUAAAUCGAUAUAUCAUGAUUGGACAUCCAAGAAUAUACCAAAGAGUUUACCGUAAUCGAAAUUUGGCAAUCAUGAUUGCAGCCACUUGGAUUGUAGCAUUCCUAAUUCUCAUUCCAACAUACCGUGGUGUUUGGGGUUCAUUUGGACUUGAUACAGAAAUCGGAUCUUGUUCAAUACUACCAGAUAAAAAUGGCAAUUCUCCAAAGGAAAUGUUAUUUGUAAUGGCAUUUGUGGUGCCGUGCUUAAGCAUUGUUGUCUGUUAUGCGAGAAUAUUUUAUAUUGUUCGUAAGGCUGCUUUGAGGUCUCGAGAGCCUGUUAAUAAUACCGGAUCAUCGAUUCAUAUGGAAAAAACCAAAACAUCACCAGAACGUAAUCAUAUGGAUCAGCAACGUAAAGAAUCCAACUCCAACACGACACAAAGUAAAAAUUCUCAACAGACUAAUUUGAAAAUUUCUUCGGAUGAUAAGGACCAGCACUGGGAAAUGCGUCCUUACUUAUCAAAGCUACGAAACGAUGAUUUGAAAUAUAUUGACUCAAGUGUAGAAAGUGAUUAUCCUCCAACAAACUACGAUAUGACAACAAUUGAAAACCCUGGGGAGACCCUUAAAGAUGGACAAGGGAAUAUGAAAUCAUAUGUUGAAGCUUACGAAAAAGAUAGUGGAUAUGACAAUGAGAUUUCGGGAAAUCCCAUUUCGCCUUUGCGAUUAGAGGAAGCUCUUAUUACAGAAGUCCCUUUAAAAUCAAAUGAUGUGUCUAGCGAGGAAGACAAAAAAGGAAAUCGAUUCUCGGCAAAAGCUCUGAAAACAUCAUUUAAUCAAGUAACUAGCAGAAGGUACCGCAAUAACUCAACAAUAAACAAUUCAAAUACAUCGGUUCUUUAUCCUGGACGAAUGAGUAAGAAAGACAAACGCUUACUUAAGAUGAUAUCAGUCAUCUUCCUCUCGUUUAUUAUUUGCUACUUGCCAAUAACAAUUACAAAGAUUUGGAAAGGUGUCACUGAAAUACAUUGGAUCAAUAUAAGUGGAUAUUUGCUCAUUUACUUGAGUACUUGUAUAAAUCCAAUCAUUUAUGUUGUAAUGUCCUCUGAAUACCGACAAGCAUAUUGGAAUUUAUUACUUUGUAAAAUGGACAGUAAAUCUACACAUCGGUACAAUACUGGAGUGAAGAAAAAGCCUAGUAACUUAAGGAUGCCAGCAUGACCAUUACAAAAAACAUUUUGUAUAUUUGCUUAAAACUUUUUUUUAAACAAAACAUUAAAAUAAACCAUUCAACUUAAAAGACUUUGAAUUUUGUGUUGAAAAAGAAAAAAAAACUUAAGAAGUAAAGUUCACCUGACAUACCAUAAAGUUGUUCUGCUUGAUCAACCCUUAGAUCCAAAAAAGGAUCUACAAACAUAUUUAAUAAACUCAUCCCAUAUGAAAUUAUUGAUAAGCUACAUUUUAUUUAUUUUACGCCUUAUUGGACUCAAUAAUAUUGCCAAACAAAUUAAAACAAAACCAUGUAUCUAAAUCUUACUA